AGGAGCGUCUGGUCCUGCUGCAUUAAUAACGCAGUCUGACCGGAGCGCGUUUCACCCCACCGAGACCCACCAUGAGAGCCUGGAGGCGGCGGAGGAACUUUGCCUUUCUGAUCCUCGCUCUCCGCUUCUGGUGCCCGUCCACGGCGACGGAAAAUGCUGACAACACGGUUUACAACAUACAGGAAGGAAGCUGUCCAGACAAGGCUAAACAACGAGGGGAAGCAACCAAACCAGAACGCCAUGGGACCACCGUACCUCUGCUGCUGAAGGGCAAGGAGCACAGACCUCUCAGCCAGCUCACAGCCGGGGGCUAUCCUGCAUCUCUCCAGCUGCUGGUACGUGCAGAAGGUGAACAGCUGAUCCUGUUGCUGGAGAAAAAUGAGGGUCUUUUUGCAAGCCAUUACACUGAGACACAUUACCGGGAGGAUGGAAGUGCAGUCACCGGUGCUCACAACUUCACGAAUAACUGCUACUACCACGGGGAAGUGCAGGCGCAUCGAAACUCUGAUGUCACCCUCAGCGUCUGCUCAGGCCUUCGAGGCUUCAUCGCUCUUGAAAACAAGACAUUCAUCAUUGAGCCAGUGUCCGCCCAAACCACUGGUUCCCACUUAAUCUACCGAGUGGAAGAACUCAGACUGACCCCAGGAGCCUGCGGCCAUGGCUUCAACAUGUCCUCUGUUGCUCCUGAAAACCACAUCAAAAGCCCCUUCCAAUCCUUCCGAACAAGGCAUAAAAGGCAUGCUCAGAAGACAACCAAAUACGUCGAGCUGAUCAUUGUUGCAGACAACAGAGAGUUUCUGAAACAGGGGAAGGACGUGGACAAGGUGAAACAGAGACUGGCAGAGAUAGCCAAUUAUGUGGACAAGUUUUACAGAGCCCUGAACAUCCGGGUGGCCCUGGUGGGUCUGGAGGUGUGGAGCGACUCUGACAAAUGUCCCAUCACCCAAGAUCCUUUCACCACCCUGCACGAGUUCCUAGACUGGAGGAAAGUUAAACUGCUGCCCCAGAAACCUCACGACAAUGCUCAGCUCAUAAGCGGGGUUUACUUCCAGGGCACCACCAUUGGCAUGGCACCCAUUAUGAGCAUGUGCACCGCUGAGCAGUCUGGAGGCAUUGUCAUGGAUCACUCUGAGAACCCACUGGGUGCAGCCGUGACUUUGGCACACGAACUGGGACACAACUUUGGCAUGAACCACGACACCCCAGAGCGCGGCUGUGGCUGCAGGAUGACUGUUGAUCGUGGAGGCUGCAUCAUGACCCCCUCCACAGGGUAUCCAUUCCCAACAGUGUUCAGUACAUGCAGUAAGAAGGACCUUGCUGCCAGUCUAGAGAAAGGCGUGGGCAUGUGUUUGUAUAACAUGCCUGAGGUCAAGGUGCUCUACGGUGGACAGAAGUGCGGCAAUGGCUACGUGGAGGAAGGAGAAGAGUGUGACUGCGGGGAGCCAGAGGAAUGUAUGAACCCAUGCUGCAACGCAACCACAUGCACCCUCAAGGGAGAUGCCGUUUGCGCCCACGGACAGUGCUGUGAAGACUGCAGGCUCAAACCGGCUGGCACCCUGUGUCGAGAGUCCAGUAACUCGUGUGACCUGCCAGAGUUCUGUACUGGUGCCAACCCUCACUGCCCAGCUAACGUUUAUUUGCAUGAUGGGCACGCCUGCCACAACGUUGAAGGCUACUGCUACAACGGCAUCUGCCAGACUCAUGAGCAACAAUGCAUCACCCUGUGGGGACCAGGAGCCAAGCCUGCCCCUGGGAUCUGCUUUGAGCGAGUCAACUCUGCAGGGGAUCCUUACGGGAAUUGUGGGAAGGACUCCAAAGGCUCCUUUGCCAAAUGUGAUGCGAGGGAUGCAAAGUGCGGUAAAAUUCAGUGCCAGGGAGGAGCCAACCGGCCAGUGAUCGGAACAAAUGCAGUUUCCAUUGAAACCAACAUCCCACUACAAGAAGGGGGGCGUAUUCUGUGUCGAGGAACACAUGUUUACCUGGGUGAUGACAUGCCUGACCCUGGACUGGUUCUGGCUGGUACAAAGUGUGGAGACGGCAUGGUGUGCCUGAAUCGACAGUGCCAAAACGUCAGUGUCUUUGGUGUGCAUGAGUGCUCUGGGAAGUGCAAUGGACGUGGGGUGUGCAACAACAAGAAGAACUGCCACUGUGAAGCACAUUGGGCACCUCCGUUCUGUGAGAAAGGCGGCUUCGGCGGGAGCAUUGACAGCGGGCCAAUGAGACUAGCAGCCGACAGUGUGGUCAUUACUGUGGCAAUCCUGGUUACCCUGGUCAGCCUUCUGCUAGCCACCGUCAUCAUCUUUCUGAAGAGGAAGACUCUGCUGCGACUCCUCUUCACCAAUAAGAAGAGCCCCUUGGAGAAACUCAGAUCUGUGGAGGCCAACAGGCCAACCAGUCCCAUCAGGACCCAGUCCAAGUACAGGCCCACACCUCAGCGUAAACCUCCAGCCAAACCCUCUGGAGCCAGCAUUUAUAAGCCAUCUCUCCUGAGCGCGGAGCCUCUUCUCCCUCCGCACAACUUCCACUCUCACAGCCUGCGCAGACUGCCCCUCUACCAGCCCCUGCACAUCAGCCAGCCCAUGCCGGUGUCUCUGAGUGUGGGCCAGCCCGCCCUGCCUUCUCUCCCAGCCCACCACAGGGUCCUGCCCGCCCACACGUCCCUCUCACCACCUCGAGUGCCACCUUUUCUCAGUCUGCCUCGCCAGCAGUCGUCAUACAGAGUAGACCAGGACUUUGAGAAGCCCAGUCCACCCCAGAAACCCCUACCUGCAGACCCGCUAGGGAGGAGCUCUCGGCUGGGUCACAGUGCCACAGCAGCAGGGGUCCACAUCCCUGGCACCGGACCCCUUCCCAUACCGAUCCCCACUGUGCCCAGGCCUCCACCCACCAUCCCUCUACCCAGCAGACCUGCGCCGGUGUUGCCCUACAGACCACCAAAGACUCACAAGGACUGCUGAACGCUUGACGUCACGGACGAGCAGAUCUCCUAUCAACAGACUUCCUUGAUUUGCACUAAUUACAGAGACUCUGUAAGACCUUUCAGACAGCUGGAAGUGUCGCAGAGAUUCUAGUGAAAGGGGGCUAACAUCCCACCUCGGUGCUACACCUCUAAAAGGUGCUUUGUUGUCCUCGCUCAGGUACCAAUGAACUAUUUAUCUAUUUAACUAUUUAAUUUCAGUAUCACCAGUUUGUGCACAGAGCAAUGUGAUGAAGAGAGAUUUUCCCCACGGACCAGUUUUGAAAAGAAAGAAACAUGGUGUCAUUUAAGAGAUUUCUUUUGCAUUCUUUGGUGAUUUUUAUACUUUUUUCUCUAAUGAAAUGCUGAAAUAUAUGAUGUUUUUUAUAACCAGGGAAGUUGCUUGAAUAAUAGAAGCGCAAAAAAGUUUGUUUUUGGAAUUAAAUGAGGAUAAAGGGAAAUGGAGCACAAACUCAGCAAGUUGUCAGCGUAGCUUAUGGCCCAUACAGCAGUGUUAUUCAGUUUUGCAUAUUUUUAUGAUGUAUUAAAUACCAAAUACAUCUUUUAUAUCGAUGCCACCAAGGUGCUGAAAAACAGAUGUGAAUCAAAUCUUAAAUACAAUGGAAAAAUAUAAUAGUUCCAACACUUUUCUAGAUGCAUCAUCUAAAAGCUGGAUUGAUAUAGUUGAACUCAUAUUAAAGCCUUGGACUACGUUUUUAUUGUGGGAUCAAUCCGACCAGCUCAUUUUACAGUCUCACAGUCAGUCUCCGUUAUUUCCUUAUAAGUUUGCUCUUGCAGUAAAGUACAAACAGGAAAAGCUGUUUUCACGCAUUUUGGACUGGUUCUGACACACUGCUCACGGCAUGUGCUGGACGCUCAACAUGUUUUCCCGAUGCUGGCAGACAUUGUACAGCCUCAAGAGAUUUGACAGACUGAUUGUGUUCCAGAGAAUUACACCAACACCAAAUGAUUCCACAUUAAUUCCGAUGUUUGUAUGUUUUAACAUUCAAGCUCACUUUGUUCUUGGGUGUGCGAGCUAAGUUGGAUGACUUGCACUGUGAGCUGUCCAAGAUCCUCCUCGACCACAUCCAACAAGAUGUUUUACCAUAUCUGUCUCGUCUUUUUGCCUUCAUAACAUUCCAUUUGGAUUGUGCAUGGCUUCGUUAUUCUUGAACUCUGAUUAUUUAUGCAUUCACAGCAUCGUUCAUUAGAUUCAGAGCUUGUCGUUGCACUUUGAGUUAGGCACUUUCCUUGAUGUUAUUUGUUGUUGACUUGCUGUUAUACAAGGAGGGAUUCAAACGUUAAAAACUUUACAGUGCAGUUCAUUUCCCUGUUGCAAUGUUCACUUUGGAUAAUGCAUUUUGUAUUUGCAGUGUAUCCACUUGCAGUGUUUGUCUUCUCACCACUGCAGAAUGAUUGAAGUCAUUAAAGCCCUGCAUACCUGCGUUGCUUUCAUGUACAUGAGUGUGCGAGUAAUGCCUUUUUCUAGUUUUGGAAGUGUUCGCGUUUGUCAACGGUCAGAGUAACUGCUCUCUGAAGGAAAAUAUUUGUUAGUGCUGUGUCAAUUAGUCGUUAAAUGUUUAUGCCAUUUGUAAAUCCUAUGUACUGUGUUAAUUUGCAUAACUGUAAAAUGUUUAAAAGCCAUUGUAAAGUGUAAAUAUUGUAUGUCAGUAAUAAUUUCUCUUCUUUUUAUGUUCUUUUUUUACAAGCACAGUAAAUAUAAUGACUGCUAUCAGGCCAUUGCCCAUUUACUCUAGGUGGUGAAAAUGUAGUUUUGAAAAUUUUAACCUAUAACAUGUAGGCCAGAGACAAAUGUUUCAGGAUAACAUUCAAAGUGAGAGAUUUGA